AUGGUUAGCGCUGGGAAUAUACGUACCUACUCGGGCCUCGGGCUUGGCACUGCAAGAUUGGGGGCCUCCGAGGUGGGGGAUGCAGGUGCAUCGGAGAAUGUAACGCAAGUUCGUUCAGUCACAAGACGUCGAAUUUUGAGGAGAGGGAAGAGGGCGGAGCCGCGAGGGUUAGUUUGUGGCGGUAAUACCGCCGGUAACUGA